CCCGUGACGCGCGGCUCAUUUGCAUAGAGGGCCACGCCCCUUCUGCCGACGUCACCCGGGGUCCGCAUCUGCUGCAGUCGCUGCGGGAGGAGCGAGCGCGGCAGAGAUGGCGUCGGCUACCGACUCCCGCUAUGGGCAGAAGGAAUCCUCGGACCAGAACUUCGACUACAUGUUCAAGAUCCUGAUCAUCGGGAACAGCAGCGUCGGGAAAACCUCCUUCCUGUUCCGGUACGCCGACGACUCCUUCACGCCCGCCUUCGUCAGCACCGUCGGCAUCGACUUCAAGGUCAAGACCAUCUACCGGAACGACAAGCGCAUCAAGCUGCAGAUCUGGGACACGGCCGGGCAGGAGCGGUACCGCACCAUCACCACCGCCUACUACCGCGGGGCCAUGGGCUUCAUCCUCAUGUACGACAUCACCAACGAGGAGUCCUUCAACGCCGUGCAGGACUGGUCCACCCAGAUCAAGACCUACUCCUGGGACAACGCCCAGGUGCUGCUGGUGGGGAACAAGUGUGACAUGGAGGACGAGCGCGUGGUCUCCUCGGAGAAGGGCCGCCAGCUCGCUGAGCACCUGGGAUUUGAGUUUUUCGAGGCCAGUGCCAAGGACAACAUCAACGUGAAGCAGACCUUCGAGCGGCUGGUGGACAUCAUCUGCGAGAAGAUGUCGGAGUCGCUGGACACGGCCGACCCCGCCGUCACCGGGGCCAAGCAGGGCCCCCAGCUCACGGACCAGCAGGCCCCUCCCCACCAGGACUGUGCCUGCUAGGGGCCAGCCCCCCUCCUCUAAACCCCCCCCAAAAACCGGUCAGUGCACCCCCCUCAACCUCCCCCCCCCCCAGCCCCUCCUCUUGGGGAUCCCGCGGGGGAUUUGCUGCUGAUACC